GUGGCAGUCCAGAAUCAGAAAGCUCAAUCCAGCCCAAGAAGAAGUGGGCGAGAUGGGAGAGACACAGCCGUUAUCUUGGCGACCGCCGCGGGUAUGUGACGUCUACUGGACCGAAUUCAAACACUGUAAGAGUUUACGCAACCGUUUGCAUCACUACUACACGUACGGGACGUCACCUGUCUGCCUACAGUGGAAAGAUGACUAUGAAGCUUGCAGAGAAUGGGAGAGGAAUCGUAGUCCACAUGCCAAGGAGAGUCUUCAGAAAAGUGAGAGACAGCGAGUGGCUGAACAGAAGAACUUCCCUCCAUUUUGGGAGAUGAGACAAAAACCACCAGCUGACUGGCAUUUGCCUCUUAAUGAGGGAAAAUAAUGGUUCUUGAAGACACAACAAACAGCCUUAAGCAUGUCAGUCUUUAUUUAUUUAGCUUAUUCAGUCUGCCAUUGUUUCUCUUAGUCACAUCACAUCAUACAUGUACACAAAUGUCAGAAAUAAGGUACAAAUUGGAUCAGACCUGAUUUUAAGCUAGUAAUGCAUUUUAAAGCACAUUGAAAAAGACACAUGAACAAACUUGGACACUGAUUCAUGUCCUCAAUUUGCUGUGGUGUACUUUGACAAAAGUGUCAUACUUUUUAUAGCAAAAUAAAAGGGUAAGGUGAAGUAGUCUUAGGAAUUUUUUGUUAAUUGUUCCAAUUUACUCAUGCAAGAACAAAAUAUCAUACUCUUUAGCCCUUUAUCGUUAAUGUUGUGGAAUACCUGCCAAGAUAACGUAGUUCCUUUUAUCACUUGCAUUAUAGCAGCUGUGAAAUCCAAAGGCAUGCAGUUAGGUUGGCGUGGGGCAGCCUUGGGCUGAGAUGCCCUUGAGCAAGGUACCUGACCCCUGACUGCUCCCCGGGCGCUCCGGUGUGGCUGCCCACUGCUCUGGCUGUGUGUGUGUGUGUGUGUGUUCACUGCUUCAGAUGGGUUAAAUGCAGAGGAUGAAUUUCACUGUGCUUGAAGUGUGCAUGUGACAAAUAAAGGUUCCUUCUUCUUAAAGUUACCUCACCAGCCCCUUCCUGAAUUUAAUAAAGCAAAGAAAACUACUCACCUUUAUGGAGAAAACAGGAAGUGCUGUGAAAGUCCUCUGUCCUUCCCGGUCCUAAUUAUAAAUUUUUCUUUGUUAAAUAAUGUUUAUUUUGAAAAUAAUUAAAUGUUUAAGUGGCACAUCUGCUUUACAAGUACAUGUAAAUGAGUGAUGUGUUUUACUGAGAUCAUAAUGUCGAAGAACACUUUCUGACCAAUCAGAUUCAAGAAGUGUUGUGGUAUAAUGCAAUAAAAUGUCCUUGUAACAAA